CCACACCUACUUGUGACUUGGCAUAGAAACAGAACGUACUGUACAUAAACAUAACACGUCACGCAUCCCAACCCCUUGGUUAGCAAUGGGAACUACCCUUUCCUGGUGGCUGCAGUGACACUGUUCUGGUACACGUCUCGCUAACUGAUGGAUGUUGGAGACUAGCAUAAAGUGUUUCUUCGUCUUUCUGGAUAAAUGCACAGCUGACGAAACAGACCUGAGAUAAAGAUGCCGAAAACGGCUAAGUCUGAGAAGUACGAGUUGAAUGGGCCAACUGACAACAAUAGAGAAUCUUACGGCUCCUUUCAACAGUCUACUGAAGAUGGGGAGUUUAUCAUCCACCACGAUCAGCUGCAGGGGGAUACAGACACUUCAACAACAGAUUUGGGCCUGACAAUGGCUCCAACUCCUGCAGAUGACAAAUCUACUUACUUCAGAGAUGGAAAGAGAAAAAUAGAUUUUGUUCUGGUCUACGAAGAAGUGAGUGAUGAGAACAUCAAGAAUCAACAGAUACAAAAAUCCAUGAGAAAAUCACAGAAACACGAAAUGUGGCGACAAAAAUUCAUGUCGAAUCUCCGCAAAGCAGGCUUGGACAUGGAAGAGGAAGUGGUCGAUGGUGACAGGAAAAUCGUACACUUCAUUAAACUUUCUGCACCCUGGCAAGUGCUCGUCUACUAUGCGGAGAUCCUUUGCAUGAGGGCUCCUCUCCAGGCUCAUCCCAAUCCUAGCACCAAUUGGUCCGAGCGCAUACUGCGUACACUGCGAAUACCCAACAUCAUGUACGCAGACAUACCCAAUAAACCCCUGGACUACUACACGUGCAGAUUUAAAGCUUCCAAAUUGGACAAAUUUCUAGGAAGCGAGAACCAGGAAGAGUAUUUUACCACGACUCAAAGGAUCCGAGUAGUGCAAGAAAUACUUCAAACCGCUGUGUAUGGGAAGAGGAGAAGAGCUCAACUGGGAAUAGAUAGAUUGGUGGAAGAGGGAGUUUAUACUGCUGCUUUCCCACUGCAUGACGGCCCUUAUCAGAAACCCACUCACUACGUUUUGCCCGAUUGCCUAAACAGGAGGCAAAUCUUAUACGAAUAUUGGGCCAGAUGGGGAAGGUGGUACAAGUAUCAACCUCUAGAUCACAUUAGAGAAUAUUUUGGAGAGAAAAUUGGAAUCUACUUCGCAUGGUUAGGGUUCUACACGGGUUGGUUGCUACCUGCAGCAGUAGUCGGUUUAAUCGUCUUUCUUUAUGGUGUGUUGACCAUGAAAGAGGAUUCACCCUCUAACGAGGUAUGCCAAAGUGAGAAGAAGUAUAAAAUGUGUCCGUGGUGUGACGGUUGCCCUUUCUGGUACCUCAGCGACAUUUGUUUUUUUAGCAAGUUAUCUUACUUGUUCGAUCAUCCAGGAACCGUUUUUUAUGCAGUUUUCGUCUCAUUCUGGGCUGUGACGUUUCUAGAACAUUGGAAAAGAAAAAGUGCCAGUCUCGCCCAUCAUUGGGAUUGCAUGGAUUUUGAGGAGGAGGAGGAGAGGCCCCGUCCAGAUUUCGCCGCAAGGGCUCCUUUUGUGGAGAGAAAUCCAAUAACUGGAAUUAAGGAACCAUCAUUUCCGAACUCCAUCCGUCGACAGAGGAUGGCUGCUGGAGUCGGUGUCAUUUGUAUCAUGGUAAGCGGCUUUAAUCAUUUUAAUUUUCUUACCCAUAGUUCUGAAUACUGUAAAACAGCUAUACAAUGGUUUUUGUACAUCUCCUUUACCUUUAAAGACCGGCACAAGAGUGCUCUUCCUCCAUUCAUCUGGGAUCGUCUCCUGCUGUCAGAGUUUCGUCAUAAGCACGUAGUGUUUGUUGUGUGCAAGAUGAUCGAUGUCUUGGUGCCGGAUAUACCGAAAACACUGGAAAUGAAGAUCAAACGAGAAAGAUAUUUAGCGAAACAAGCUCUCGCUGACUCUGAUACCAUUAUGAAGGUUGCCCAAAGAAAAGAUGAUGAUGACGAUGAAGAUUUUUCUAAUCAUGGAACGAGUGCAUAAAAUCAUCCACUCUCUCUAAUAACAUAUGAUUAAUUCAAAGUCUUCUUCAAUACUUGCUUUACUGAAAUGUUUAUCGACAAAAUCAUUUUAUUGUUACCUUCCUAGCAGAUUUAACAUUAUAAGUAAUCUUCAUCUGGAUGAUAGACUCAUCUGUCUUUCAGAGAAUAAUUAUUAUACAUAAUGAAUGUUUUAUAGUGCAAACCAGUGGUGGAGAUAGUUUAGAUAAUUUCAAUUUAUAGAUAAACUGGAUGAAGAAUAUAUUAAAACUUCAGUUUUUAAGUAUUUAAUAUACUCGAAACUUUUGUAAAUUUUGCAAAUUGACCCUUUAUAAUCUCAAUUUUUACAAAAAAGAUCCGAGAAAAAUUAAUUAUUGAUGGGGCUCGAUACGGUACCCUAGCGUUGGAAGCUGAGUCGACAAUAUACCACUCGGCCACGUCAAAUAUACAUUAAAGAAUCAUGCAAAGUUAAAAAAAAUUGCUGAAAACACUUACUUCUCCACCACUGUAGCAUUUUCUUUGUCGAUUUUAUUUAUGCAUAAUUUGCAUAAUUUCGUCUACGGAAAGUCGAUGUUACUUAUUUUUUCGCUGAUAUACACGCAACGAUGGCGGAGUUACAAUGAAUUGGAUAUGCAUUAACACCAGCAAUUGGUUGUAAAUUUGAAUUUCAUGACAUCCCACUACGUUCUGGUUGCUUUAAAAUGCCCCAACUGUUGUUUAUCCUUAAGGAUUAAUCCUUAAACUUCUAUAAAGGCUGCUACUCUGUACCAAUUUUCCUAAAACUUGGAAGUUGGUCUUGCCAAAUUUAAUCGAAGAAAAAACUAUUUUUUAAGUAGGUGAUUGCUUCAUUUCAAUCGAGGCCCUCCUACGCCCUAUACAAAUGAUUCUUUUAAGGGUCAUUUAAGGCAGCUUUCCCUUUUAUAAAUAUAUAUAUAUAUAUAAAAACAUGUAUUUUGCAGCCAAUUUUCCUAUGUGAUAUGCACUGUCGUGACAAAGAAAUUAUUAAAAUUUUGUGCAUCUAAAGUGAAAUUCUCUCUAUAUAUCAGGAAAAUUUCGUAAAAAUCAAGCUUUGUAUUUCUCUAUAGUUUCCUCCUCUGCUUCGUUGAGGAUUUGUACAGUUUGUAAAUAAAUAUUUUCUGGUUUAUGCAGAUGUAUAUACCGAAAUAUGUUUACAGUAUGUAACAUUAUACUAAUAUAUAAAUAUACCGUAUAUAUAUACAGAGAAAAAUUAAGCGUGUGUUGUCCAUCUUUAAAGUAUG